AAGUGGGACUCAAGAUUCAUGCUCUCUGAAGAUUAUGAAGAUAGCCUAGAACAAAUAGAUGAGGGUUUCAAAUUUGAUUGGAGAGUGACAAUCAAAGGCUCAAUUAUGAAUAUCUUCUGCAUUUUCACAGAAGUAAGGUGUGCAAUAAAUUGCCAGACCUAUGGUGAAGAGGUGGUUAUAUGCACAAGCUAG